CAAGAGAUACAAUAUGAGAGCAACCAAUCUCUCUGACAAAACGCCAUAGCUGUAUAAGUCCUGCGAAUUCUUCAUGACCGUCGCCGAAGAUAUACAGAAGAGAUUGUCCAAAGUAAUUUCGAAAGAAGUUGUCAGAAAAAGGUACCUUACACUGAAGAAUAAUAUGAAGACGCCUACUGAAUGUAGGAAGCUCCUGGAUGUAGCUAAACCUUGCUUCUUAAACGCAAUCAAGGCUGCCCAAGAACGAUUCAUAAAAACGCCUUCAAAACUUGAAAUCAUUUAUUAUCUUGAGGCCCUGCUUGUCCUCAAACAUCUACAAAGGCCAGGUGUAGUGGCAAAUAUGUCUGUUUCUAAGUGGAAAGAUAGGGUCCACCACACCUAUAAAGGCACUGCAAGGUCUAUCAUUGGUGUUCGAAAUCACAAGACCGCUACACAACAAGUUGCUUCGUUUGUGCUAACUGGGGAGAAAGAAAUGUGGUUUAAAGUAUACUUUGCAAAAGUUAGGCCAACUCUGAUUAAUAGAGAGACACCGAGGGACAUAUUUUUCUUAUCAACCCAAGGAAGGAAGAUUCACAACGUGUCCAAUGAUAUUAAUCGUUACCACAGAAAGUAUCUUGUUCCCGAAAUUUCCAGCCAAGUUGUCAGGAGGGUCUGUGAGAGCUGGACUACCAAAUAUUUGUCCCUCAGUAAUAUAACAGCUGAGAGGAGCUUCAGGGAAAAGACGCUGACAGACCUAUGCCACGCCUGUGAACUGGUCACACAAGCCGAACUGGGCAAACAUUGUCACAAGUAACUGAGGAGGUAGGGCAAAAAGAAAUCCAGGGUGCCAAAAACUCUCAGGAGCAGGACAACUGUGGCGAUAAAAGCAGUAAUGGUGACCAAUCGGAUAGUUCCCACAAUACUACCAGUGACUCCUUAAGUGACGCAGAUGACAAUAUCUGGACUAAAAGAGACAAAGUACCAGCGUCAAGAAAUUUUACAACCAGGGCAAUGAGGCAGAGGCAUAUGGGAGAAGGGAUCUCCUCCAAAAAGUCCUGAAGAGCCACUAGCUGUAUAUUAUUUAUUUCUUAAAUUAGUACCACUGAACCUAUAUGACGUUCCCCAUCUUCUUCAAGCCAGACACCAAGCAGGGUACAUAUCUGCGCAGCUAAUGCAUGAAGUUAAACAGUGAUGAUGAAAUAAAGUCUGAACUGUUUAAAGCCAAAAGUCAACUGGCCAAUGUAGCUAAAGAAGGUCUCACCUUAGACUACAACCAGUUUUUCUGAGCUGUUUUGCAAAGGCCGGUGAAUUGUCAAUGUCAUUGGACUUCUGACAAGCCUUGGGUUCCAGAUAUAUAAUAAGCCUUCUGUGCCAAGGAUUAAUCAAGAGAAUAGUCAAAGCUUGCCGAUGAAGCCCGCUUCCCGAGAAACCGGUCAAGAAAAGGACACAAAAGCAUAUAUUGUCCUGAUAGAGCCCUUUUGUGAGUACUACAGACAAAAUGGUCGGUUGACGUGAGAAAAAGGACGAAGGCUGCAGGACUAUAUAUUGCCAUUCGUUGGAUCAUCCCAUGCUGAAGGGUUUUGAGUCCUAUUUAGAACAUUCAUUGGGAGUGAACAUCCAUUUUACCAAUCAAUUUAUUCAAUGCAUAUAGUCUCCUAACAUAGUCCUUCUUUUUAUUAGGUUAAAUCGAACACCUUUAACAUGCCCCGUCUGCUACACGACACAGAGAAAGCUCUCUACCCACUUGAGGAGGAAAAGCCUGAAGCUUUAAAGCACCCAGGAGAUAAAAUCUAAGUUGGCCUUGGCCAAGGAAGCACUCAUG